AUGGGAAGAAAAAAUUCGAGUGAUAGCUACGAUAACUCAGAUGUAAAUGGUGCUGUUUCUAAAAGGAAAUCCAAAGGAAAGGAUGAUAUAAAUGAUAUUAUGAAUGAAUUGAAUAAGAAGAAAAUGAAUGAGAAUAAGAAUAUGAAAGAUAAGAAGGAUGUGAAUUUUUCUGGUAAAAUGAUGGGUGGAAUGUAUAAGAAUAAAUUAAGAUUUAUAUUAGAUAAUAUAAUAAUAAUAAGUAUUAUAUUAUCAUUUGUUGUAUUAAUAUCUUUUAAAUAUUUAGAAGAGAAAUAUUCUAUAGAAUCAUAUUUUGAAGAAGGUGAUAGUUUUGAUUAUUAUGAAGUAUUAAAAUGUAAAAGAGGUGAUAGUAUUCAAAAGAUAAAAAAGAAUUAUCGUGAUUUAUCUAAACAGUAUCAUCCAGAUAGUAAUAAGAAUUGUAAAGAUUGUGAUAAGAAAUUUCAAGAAAUAACAAAAGCAUAUAAAACAUUAUCAGAUAGUAGAUUAAAAAAAGCAUAUGAUAAUUCAAAAGGAAAGGUUUUAAAAUUAAUUGAAUCAAAUAGUAUUAAUUUAAAUAUGAAAAAUUAUGUAGAUUUAGUAGAAAAUUCAAAUGAUUAUUGGAUAAUUCAAAUAUAUUCUGAUACUGAUAGUUUAUGUUUAAGUUUUUCAAAUAUAUGGGAAGAAAGUUUUGAUAAAUAUCAUGAUUAUAUAUCAUUUGGAAGAAUAAAUAUUUCAACAGAUAAGAAAUUAAUAAAACAAAAAGUACCUUUUAAUGUUAAAAUAUAUCCAACUAUUUUUAUUUUAUCACCUGAUGGUACAUAUCAAUUAUAUUCUAAUAUAUUUAAUGCUACAUCUAAAGAUUUUCAAAAUUUUAUAACUAGUAAUUAUCCUAAUAAUAUAUAUGAUUUAAAAAUGUUAAAUGAUUCUUUAUAUAAAAUGUCUGCAUCCAAUAUUAAAAAAUCAGGUUAUAUUGAUAAGAACCAUCAUGUUAUAUUAUUAACAAAUAAGAAGAAAUUAAGUUUACAAGCUAAACAAAUCACUUAUAAAUUUAAUAAUAUAUAUAAAACAUAUUCUAUUAAAUAUAAUGAAAUUGAUAAUAUAUCAAAUGAGUCUAUCAAAAAAUCUAUAAUUGAUUCAUUAAAAGUAUUAAGUAUUAAAAAAGAUGAAUAUAUAAAAGAAAAUCAAAAUAUUGAUUAUUUUAUUUUAGUAAACAAUAAUCAAGUAAAAACUAUACGAAGAAUAUCUCCAACGAAUAUUAAAAAUGUAUAUAAUGAUGCAUUAAAAAAAAAUAUUGUUGAAAUUAAUUCUGUAAAUGUUGAUUCUGUUUGUUCAUCUAUAGGUUCAAGAAAAACCUAUUGUUAUGUUAUAUUUGUAGAUAAUAUUGAUGAUGAAAAAAAUGUGAAUUAUAUGAGAAAAACAUAUCAAAAUAUUAAUAGUUCAUAUGACAAAUUUGUAUCCAACAAAAAUAGUUCAGAAGAAACAGAAGAACAAUUAUUUAUACAACCAGUAUAUAUAUUAAAAAAAAAUCUAACAAAAAAAUUUAACAAAUUUAUAAAUGAUAAAACAAUUAAUAAAUAUGAUGCAUUCUUACUUGAUUAUUCAUCUAAUACAUUUUCAACAAUAAAUGAAAUUAAAAAUUUAAGUAAUUAUUCACAAAAUAAAGAAGAUUUAUCAUUCUUACAUAAUAUAUACAAAGAUAUUGAAAUCCUAAACUUUCAAAAAAUACCAAAAUAUUGUUUACCUUUUAAUAUCAAUUGUUUAUUUAAUAUUAAAACUACUAUACCAUAUAAAUUUUAUAAUAUUAUUAAUAGAACAUCUAAGUUACAAAUUAUUUUCUCUCUAAUUGUUGCUUUUAUGUUAUUCCCAACAUUUAAGGAAUAUGGAUUUUUUAAAUAUGUUCUCUUUGCUUUAUCCGUCAGCUUUUCAGUAAUUGUCUUAAAUAUAAAGGAUUUCAUACUUCUUUUAGCUAGUUAA